UCGCAGUAGUCAGGCCGUCAUAAGCAGAGAGAAGAAGAAGAAAGCAAAUGAGUAACUGCAGUAGUCAGCUUGAGCUUUGAAUGAACUAGAUUUUAUUGGACCUCUUCUGUUGCUGAUGGUGUAGCGUUGCCAAGCUUGCCCACCAGCAUGUCUGUUUCGGUUAUUAUAAAGUGGGGUGGACAGGAGUACUCCAUUACCACACUGUCUGAGGAGGACACCGUGUUGGAUCUGAAACAGUCCAUUAAAUCUCUCACAGGAGUGCUCCCAGAACGACAGAAGCUCCUGGGGUUGAAAGUGAAAGGUAAACCAGCAGAUGACGAUGUCAAACUGGGUGACUUGAAGUUGAAGCCCAAUACCAAAAUUAUGAUGAUGGGCACCAGAGAGGAAAGUCUGGAAGAUGUCUUGGCGCCUCCACCAGAAAAUGAUGUUGUCAAUGACUUUGACAUUGAAGAGGAAGUAACUGAGGUUGAAAACAGAGAGGAGAAUUUGGCCAAGAUAGCUCGUCGUGUAAAAGACUAUAAAGUUGAGGAGUUAAAUCCCCCAAGACCAGGAAAAAAAUUGCUCGUUCUAGAUAUUGACUAUACGCUCUUUGAUCAUAAGUCAUGUGCAGAAACAGGCCAGGAGCUGAUGAGACCAUACUUACAUGAAUUUCUUACAUCAGCAUAUGAGGACUAUGAUAUUGUCAUCUGGUCUGCAACAAGUAUGAAGUGGAUUGAUGCUAAAAUGAAAGAACUGGGGGUGACGGACAACCUAAACUAUAAGAUCACCUUCAUGUUGGACAGUGCAGCUAUGAUCACUGUGCACACACCUAAAAGAGGAGUUGUAGAGGUGAAGCCUUUAGGAGUCAUAUGGGGUAAAUAUAGUGAGUUCUACAACAGGAAGAACACAAUUAUGUUUGAUGACAUCGGAAGAAACUUUCUCAUGAAUCCACAGAAUGGACUGAAGAUCAGACCAUUCAUGAAGGCACACUUAAACCGUGAGAAAGACAAAGAACUCUACAAGUUGUCUCUGUAUCUGAAGGAGAUUGCUAAACUCGAUGACUUCUCAGGUCUCAACCACAAGCACUGGGAAAGGUACCUCUCAAAGAAGCAGAAUCAAUGACAUCUUCAGCACUGAGGAGAAGCUGCUGCCUAGAACGAUCUGGUGCUGGAAAACAACUGCUGAGCCAAAGAUCAGCUUCUCUGUAUCUUGGGUUGUUCAUCUUGCAUCUCUUUAUAGUGAGGACAUUACUGCAGGACAAAUGUGAUUCUAGCACUUGUAUUCCUCAGAACACUGUUUACCUCAACAGGUCAAUGAAUGCAUUCAACAAAUAAUAGCAUUGACUACAUUUAAAGCAUGACGCUUCUCUUACCUCACUUCCUGCCUGACACAUUCUUAUUCAUAUGAUGAAUGUCAACUUUUAUUAGGUGGUAACUUGAAAAUUGUUAACAUCUGAUUGAAAGAGCAUAUGAUGCAUAUGUAAUUUAGUUUUUUGCAAAAUAUUAGUCCAGGGAGAGAAUGGUGUGUGUGUGUGUGUAUGUGUAUAAUCUCAUAGAAUUUCAAGGUGUAAUUGAUCCAUGUCUUCAAUAAUUCUGUCUGAAUGGCUCUAAAUUCCAAAAAGAUAUAAUUUCAGACAACAGAAAAGAGGUUUAUAGGUGAGCAGGCAAUUUGCAUAUUUAUCAGCUGAUAAAAACAGUUCUCCAAAUGAACAAUAAUGAACAUUUGUCAUGUUUACAUCCACUGUUUUAAAAUACAAAUCUAAUGUUAAAUGGUUAGUGUGAUGUAUGUUUUUUGUUCACUAGAGCAGUCACUUUAUUCUAGGGAGAUUAAGUCAAACCAAAUAUCCUGACAGUUGUUUAUUAUUAUUAAUUCAUUUAUUAUUUAUCUACCAGGUCAUAGCAUUGAAGCUUGGAAAUAUUUCUCCCACAUCAGUUUUUGCAAGUAUGUGUUAAGUAAUCAAGGAAAGUACAUAACUUAAGUAAACAGUAUUGCAUUUUGUCAAAUUUUCUCAGUUGCUUUGGUGCAUUUCUUAAAUCAGUUUGCACAAACAACACCACAGAAUGAUUGCUUUCUCAAAACCCUUAGAUCAUCUAUCAAAAAUAACUUCAUGUCAGUGAACAUAUCAGUGCCAUCAGAAUA